CUUUAUCGUCACUAGAUGGCGCACGUUUGUUGAGAAACAUUCAAAGGUCGAACAACUAUCAAAAUGGAAUCCAACUCUAAACUGGAGAAUAGUUUUAAAGUGAAACCCUAUCCAGUGGAUCUACCUGUGCGGCAUUAUGGCGAGUUGAGCACAGGAUUUGACGAAUACCUGUCCAGUGUCAAGUCAGACGGUGCCGUGCCUCUCACCCUUCCUCAUGGAGAAAAAGUGGAAGUCACUUGUGAGAACAUUGGCCGGCUUGCGUUUCUGAGAGAUGGUGAAUUAUCACAUUUCGUUCUUGCUCUCCACACACCCCAGGAUGAAACCCAAGUGGUUGCUCUGUACCUGCAAGGUAAAUGGUGGCCUGUUGGUGAUGUUUUGAAGACAUCGAACAAAUCAAGAUGUGGACUUGUGUUAGUUGAGUCAGUGAUGGAGAGAGUUGUGCUAUUCCUGCUCAGUCAAGUUAUAUUUGGAAUUCUGGAAAGGUCUCUUGAGGAAGACCUAUAUUUUUCGGCCUAUUCCUUGUUUGAACAUGGCAAAAUCCUCUGGCAAAAUGGAGAAGCAGUAGGGUUUUACACCGUCAGAAAGAAGGGCAGCCUGUGUGAUGGCUGCACUGGCCAGAGUUAUCAGCUCCCUGUGCUGGACACAGUUUUUGUUCGCUCUCACUGGAGAAGGACUGGACUUGCUUUACAGAUGCUGGAGGAUUUCUGCUCGUCUCAACCUUCUGAAUCAGUUCUGGGAAUUAGCUUUCCUUUGUCCCCUGGCAUGUAUGGAGUUUGCAAGAAGUAUCUCGAGAUCCACAAAGAAGAAAGAGACCGUCUCUAUGAGGUGGAAGCGCCGGGUGGAUGGGCUCAAAGACGAAAUGUGUGGUUAAAUAUCCAGCUGCGGGACUUUCCAAAACACUGUGGAGUGUCAGAGCAGAGUCCACAAUGCUCAUUUAGUGACGAAAGAAGUGAUGAUUUAGAGGAAGAGGGGAACCUGCAGCAAAGUGAAUCAUCAGUCAGUCUCAAAGACACAUCGAGCUCAGGAAAGAAGCAACCGGCUGAUCAGACUGACACAGGGAUUAAAAAAAGCAGGAUUUAACUUUCAUUUAUUUAAUGUGUCAAGAAAUAACUCAGAGAGAUAAGCCAUAACACAGAGUCUUAUUAUUCAAGAUGGAACUCUGUAUGGUCAUGUGGUAAACACUUGCCUUUCACGUAAGUGGACUAACAGUUUUAGGCAUUGUCAUACCAUAAACCUUACCAUAACAUUCUUUGCUGAUUGCCAAAUGAUAAUCAGGCUGUGAUACCAUCUGUAUCUGGAUAAUAGAAAUGAACAAUUUUACUGUCUUGUUAUGGCCAUCUCACGGCCAAUAUUCUGUAACUUUGGCAACCUUUAACUGAUUAUAUAAUAAACAUGCAGCUGGACUAGAUCAAUUCUCUCUCAAAAAAUAAAGAUAUGUUUUAUGGUUAUAUCUUUACUACAAUAAAGUGUAACAUUUUAGGCUGGUUAUAUUUUAUUGUGUGUUUACUGUAACAAUUUAGUUAGUGUUUAUUAUGAUUUUUUUCUGUAUUUAUGUGUAAUGUUUUAUAAUGUAUACAUUUUAUCAUGUAAUAAAGAGCAUGUUUGUUA